AUGUGCAAUGCAAUUAUUGCUUUGAAAGUGGACAUCGUUUUUACUGAAAAGGGUAUUUCCGAUCUCGCUCAGCACUAUUUGAUGAAAGCGAACAUCACGGCUAUCAGACGCUUAAAGAAGACGGACAACGAUCGUUUAGCACGAGUUUGCGGUGCACAGAUCGUCAGCGACCCGUUGGAACUCCGGGAAAGUGAUGUUGGCACGUUGGCUUCUCUGUUCAAGGUGGAGAAGAUUGGCGAUGAAUACUACUGUUUCAUCACGAACGAUAAGAACCCGAAAGCAUGUACGAUUGUUUUGAGAGGGGCUAGCAAGGACAUUUUGAAAGAAAUGAAUAGAAACUUUAACGAUGCUUUGAAUGUUGUCCGAAACGUCAUGAUAGAGUCAAAAAUUCUACCCGGCGGUGGCGCCACUGAAAUGUCUUUGGCACAGAUACUUACCGAAAAAUCAAAGAGCAUCGAAGGAAUCCGACAGUGGCCGUACAGGGCUAUCGCACAAGCGUUGGAGGUGAUCCCGCGCACGUUGAUUCAGAACUGUGGCAGCAGUGUUGUUCGUCAGUUGACUGCUCUGAGGGCGAAACAUGCUCAGCCCGGAAACAGAAUGUGGGGAAUUGACGGUGACACCGGAAAUCUUGCUGAUAUGCGUGAACUGAACAUCUGGGAUCCGCUAAGCGUCAAGAUUCAGGUGUACAAAACAGCGAUCGAGAGUGCCAUCCUGUUACUUCGAAUCGACGAUAUCGUGAGUGGUAUGAAAAAGAAAUCUGAUGACAGUAAAGGUCCUUCGCAACCAGCUCCUGCUCCAGCGGGUCAGGGUGGCGAAGAAUAG